AUGACUGUAACGGACAAUAAUGAUCAAGAAGUGUUGAUUAUCAAAAGACCAUAUCGGUGUGACGAGUGUUGCUUCUUCUGUUGUCUAAUGAGUGUAGAUAUUAGUACACCGACUGGCACGUCCCUGGGAGGAGUAAAGCAAACUUGUAGCGUCAUCAAACCGAAGUUUGAUAUACGUAAUGCUGAAGAUGAUACAGUUUUAAAGUUAAGAGGUCCAUGUAUCAAAUGCCGAUGCUGUGGAGAUGUCGAGUUUGAUUUGUAUGAUAAAGACUUGGAGACGGUUAUUGGAAGAGUUGCCAAACAGUGGUCAGGAUUGGGAAAGGAAUGGUUCACUGACGCUGACCAAUUUGGAAUUACAUUUCCAAUGGAUCUUGACGUCAGGAUGAAAGCAGUAAUGAUUGGAGCAGUCUUUCUUUUGGAUUUCAUGUUUUAUGAAAAACCUAGGAAUGAUUAAACAAGAAAAAUAUAGAAUGAAUGUACUAUCCAUUGAUAUGCAGACAACACUAUGUCUUGAUGCAUUGUUAUCUUUGCAUAUAUUGUAAUUAUAAUCAUCUUAGAUUAUUCUUCUUGAUGGCAUUGAAAUAAAGAGAUAUAA